UCUGAUCUGAGUGUUGGUCUUACGAUCCCACGUGCACGACAGGAGGAAUCCACAAACUAGCAUGCUUCUACCAUGCCUCAUGUCUCUGUGUUUAUGAACGUACAUAAAGUGUUUAGUUAGUAUUUACAGUUUCCAAAAUGAUGUUUGGAAAGGACGUGCCAUGGCGGCGUUUAAGCGGCAUUUCGUUUGGAAUGUACUCCGCCGAAGAAAUAAGAAAGUUGAGCGUGAAGGCAGUCACAAACCCCAAGUUUCUUGAUGCUGUUGGAAAUGUGGCCCCCAACAGUCUUUAUGAUCUGGCUCUGGGGCCAGCAGACUUUAAAGAGGUCUGUUCAACCUGCUGUCAGGAUUUCAACAACUGCCCUGGACACUUUGGGCACAUAGAAUUACCUCUACCUGUAUACAACCCGCUGUUUUUUGAUAAACUGUACCUGUUGAUCCGCGGUUCCUGCCUGUUGUGUCAUAUACUAACCUGUCCUCGGGCUGCCAUCCACCUGCUGCUGAACCAGUUGAAGUUGAUCGACCAUGGAGCAAUUCAGGAGGUCUACCAGAUCGAACACAUUCUCAACCAGCACCUGGAAGAGAAUCCAAAAGCUUCAGGAGAUGAAAUUGAGGAGCUGCUGCGCAACUAUGCAAAUGAAACUAUUAAAUCGAGUGUUUCUGAAAACUUCAAACCAACGAAACAUCUGGUGGAAAAGAAGGCUUGUUUGAUAAAUGACUUCUGGAAGAUUCACAUGAAAACCAGGAAGUGUCCUUACUGUAGGAGCGGCAGGACUCUUGUGCGCCGUGAACACAACAGUAAGCUGAUCAUCACGUCUCCGUCAGGAGCACAGACCAAUGAAAACACUGAUGAGAAUGUCAUGGCUGGAAGGAGAGUCUACCUGACAGCCAGCACAGCCAAAGACCAUAUCAUAAAAAUCUGGGAGAAAGAAGGUUUCUUCCUCAGCUGCCUCUUCCCUGGGCUGGAAGAGAGCGCGAGUCCCGCAGGCGGACAGAGCGGCUUUUAUCCGGACCUCUUCUUCACGGAGCUGCUGGUGGUCCCACCCUGCAGGUUUCGACCAAUCAACAGACUCGGUGACCAGAUGUUUACAAACGGUCAGACUGUCAACAUGCAGGCGGUGAUGAAGGACUGUGAAAUCAUCCGGAAACUUCUGGCUCUCAUGGCGGGAGAGAAGAACAUGGAGGGGGAAGAGGCUCCCGAUAUUACGGAUCAGACAUUCCUGUCCGGAAUCACCGGGUUGACAUUAACGGAUAAACUCUACAACAUGUGGAUCCGCCUUCAGAGCCACGUUAACAUCGUCUUUGACAGCGACAUGGACAAACUGAUGACAGAGAAAUACCCCGGAGUCAGACAGAUUCUGGAGAAAAAAGAGGGCUUGUUCCGGAAGCACAUGAUGGGCAAACGCGUGGACUACGCCGCUCGCUCCGUCAUCUGCCCCGACAUGUACAUAGAAACCAACGAGAUCGGAAUACCCAUGGUUUUUGCCACCAAGCUGACCUACCCUCAGCCAGUCACCCCGUGGAACGUGAAGGAGCUCCGCCAGGCUGUCCUCAACGGUCCCAACGUCCAUCCAGGCGCCUCCAUGGUGAUAAACGAGGACGGCAGGAGAACCAUUUUAUCAGCUACCAACUUCACGCAGAGGGAGGCGGUCGCUAAGCAGCUGCUGACGCCCUCUCUGGGUGCGCACAAGAUGCCCAUGAAGAUAGUGAAUCGCCACAUAAAGAACGGAGAUGUUUUGUUGCUCAACAGACAGCCGACUCUGCACAGACCGUCCAUACAAGCUCACUGCGCUCGCAUUUUACCGGGAGAGAAGGUGGUGAUCCGACAGGGGGAGCUGUUAGUCGGGGUUCUGGACAAAGCCCACUACGGCUCCUCUGCCUACGGUUUGGUUCAUUGCUGCUACGAACUGUACGGCGGAGCAAUCAGCGGAAAACUGCUGGGCUGUCUGGCUCGACUGUUCACCGCCUACCUGCAGCUGUACCGAGGCUUCACUCUGGGGGUGGAGGACAUCCUGGUGAAGCCGGGCGCCAACAAGAAGAGGAAAAAAAUCAUAGAAAGUUCCAGAAACGUCGGCUCCCAGGCUCUUCAGGCGGCGUUCAACCUCCCACCCAGCGUGGAUCCCGCUGAGGCCCACAGCCGAUGGCAGGACGCCCACCUCAACCCCGACCAGAGGGACUUCAGCACGGCCGACCACAAAUUCAAAGAAGUUGCCAACCAAGUGAACAAUGACAUCAACAAGGUGUGCAUGCCGGUGGGACUCCACACCGCCUUCCCGGACAACAACCUGCAGCUGAUGGUUCAGUCUGGCGCCAAGGGGUCUACGGUCAACACCAUGCAGAUCUCCUGUCUGCUCGGUCAGAUUGAGCUGGAAGGCCGCAGACCUCCUCUGAUGCCCUCAGGAAAGUUUCUGCCGUGCUUCCAGCCCUACGACCCCUCGCCCGGCGCGGGGGGGUUCGUUUCUGGAAGAUUUCUCACAGGCAUCAAACCUCAGGAGUUUUUCUUUCACUGCAUGGCCGGCAGAGAAGGCCUUGUCGACACGGCUGUGAAAACCUCCAGAUCUGGAUAUCUGCAAAGAUGUAUCAUAAAGCACCUGGAGGGUCUGGUUGUGCAGUACGAUCUGACUGUGAGGGACAGCGAUGGAUCAGUGGUUCAGUUCCUGUACGGUGAAGAUGGCCUGGACAUUCCCAAAACUCCCUUCCUGCAGCCGAGACAGUUUCCCUUCAUAGAGGACAACUUCGAGGUCAUCAGGAGGUCCCAGAGUUUGGACAGCGUUUUGGCUCGGCUGGACGCUCAGACGGCUGGUCAACACUUUGACGCCAUCCAACGCUGGAAAGCAAAGAGGGAGAUGCUAAAUCCUCGAAGAGGAGCGUUCCUACUGUUUUCCAAGAAAAAACUGGGGAAGCUAAAAGACUCCACUGAAGGGGUGGAGCCUGUUUCCAGCAGAAAUCCUGCUGUUCUGCAGCUGGUUGGCCAGUGGCAUUCUCUGGAUGAAGCGGGCAGAGCAAAGUACCUGAAGAAGGCGUCCCGCUGCCCGGAGCCCUCCCUGAACCUGUUUAGACCCGAUGUGUGCCUGGGAUCGGUGUCGGAAAACUUUCACGGCAUCACAGAGAAAUACCUGCAGAACAGGAACAGUGCACACUCUGUGGACACCCACAGCCUCAGGCAGCUGCUGCAUUAUAAGUGGCAGCGGUCGCUGUGUGAUCCAGGAGAAGCGGUGGGACUGCUGGCUGCUCAGUCCAUCGGGGAACCCUCCACACAGAUGACCCUCAACACUUUCCACUUUGCUGGCAGAGGAGAGAUGAACGUCACCUUGGGGAUCCCUCGACUGAGAGAGAUCCUGAUGGUUGCCAGUUCCAAAAUCAAAACCCCCAUGAUGAGCAUUCCUGUCCUGCACAGCAAGAAAGCUCUGAAGAAGGCCAAGAUGCUGCGCAAGAAGCUGGCGCGCGUCUGCCUGUCUGAGGUCCUGCAGAAGGUGGAUGUUGUUGAGACUCUGCAAGAAAGAAAUUUUCAAAAGCUUCGUGUGUUCAAAGUCACCUUUCACCUCCUGCAUCCUGACCGCUACAGCGAGGACAAACUGUUGACCCCCAACCAGAUCCUUCACUACAUGGAAACCAGAUUUUUCCACCUCCUCCUCGAUGCCAUUAAGAAGCGAACUGCCAGGCUGUCCUCCAUCGCCGUGGAAACGAGGAAAGCCACCUCCACGGAUAAAGACACUGAUGGAGAAGGAGCAGCUGGAACCUCACGGUUGGAUGAGGGAGAAGCAGAAGAGGACAGGGAGAUCGUUGAUGACCAGGAUAAUGAAGGAGACGCGGAUGCAUCAGAUGCAAAGAGAAAAGGCAAACAAGAGGAAGAGGUGGACUACGAAAGUGAAGAAGAACAAGGCGAUAACGAAGCGGAGGAAAACGAUGAGGAAGGCGAGGUGGAGGCAGAGGAGAACGCAGAAGCACAUGCCACAGAGGAGUCUCAGCUGGAGACUCCUGACGCGAGAAUAGAGACCAGGAAGAAGAAAAAGAAAAAAGUGAUGAAAGAGUCGGAGUUCCUGAUGAGAGUCAACUCAGUUCUGGAUGUAAACUCAGCCAUAGAAGGAUAUCGCUUCGACCAGCAGGAUGAGCUCUGGUGUGAGGUUGAUCUGGCCUUACCGGUGACCAAAGUUCACUUCGACUUGACGGCCAUCUUGUCGACUGUGGCCCAGAAUGCGGUCGUCAUGGAAACCAGGGGCCUGACACGCUGCCUGCUGAGCGAAACCACCACGAAAUCUGGAGAAAAGGAAACGGUCCUGAACACGGAAGGCAUCAACAUGCACGAAAUGUUCAAGUACGGCGAUAUUUUGGAUCUCAACAAGCUGUACUCCAACGAAGUCCACGCCAUGGCCAACACGUACGGGAUCGAGGUGGCCCUGAAGGUCAUAGAGAAGGAGAUCAAAGAUGUCUUCGCCGUUUAUGGUAUUGAGGUGGAUCCCCGACAUUUGUCUCUGGUGGCGGACUACAUGUGCUUCGAGGGCGUUUAUAAGCCUCUGAACCGCCACGCCAUCAGGUCCAACUCAUCUCCUCUGCAGCAGAUGACUUUUGAGACUAGCUACAAGUUCCUCAAACAGGCCACCAUGCUGGGGUCACAUGAUCAGCUGGAGUCGCCCUCCGCCUGCCUGGUAGUUGGAAAGGUGGUCAAAGGAGGCACCGGACUGUUUGAACUGAAGCAACCCCUGCAGCACAUUAAGAGUCCCUCUUAGAUGUCUAAUGUUUUUAUGUUGGUUAUGAAUCCAACAAAUGACCACAGUUAUAAGAAUUCAAGUUCACCUUUAAGAAUAUCUGCUGAUAUGACAAUAACUUGAUCCAAUUUUUGUCUGUAUUAAUUAUACAUUUGUAAAAAAAAUAAAACAAAUAUAUUUGAUUA